AUGAGGGACGUCGCCCUUCACCGUGCCCGUCUGGUGUCGAGCGUGGCCGCCGUCGUCAUCUCACUUGCCUGCGGCACCAACUAUGUCUACUCUGCCUGGGCGCCGCAGUUCGCCGAUAAGCUCCAUCUCACCACCACCGAGGCCAACUUGAUAGGUCUAGCCGGCAACAUGGGCAUGUACUCGUUGGGUGUUCCCGUCGGGUUGUUUGUCGACCACCGCGGCCCCCGCCCGGCCGUCAUCGCUGGUUCCAUCCUCCUCGGCCUCGGCUAUCUCCCCUUCCGAACCGCCUUCGAAACCGGCUCGGGUUCUGUCGCUGUUUUGUGCAUCUUUGGUUUCCUCACUGGUCUCGGAGGCUGCAUGGCCUUUGCUGCCUCCGUUAAAACCUCUGCUCUGAACUGGCCUCACCACCGAGGCACCGCUACUGCCUUUCCCCUCGCCGCCUUCGGACUCAGCGCCUUCUUCUUUUCACUAUGCGGCGGUGUCUUCUUCCCCGGUGAUACCGGAGCGUUUCUCACGCUUCUGGCCGCUGGAACCUUCAUCAUGACCUUUGUUGGCUUCUUCUUCCUCAAAGUCUAUCCACAUAGCUCAUACCAGAGCCUACCCACUAGUGCUGGCUUGGCCGAUUCGCAAUUACUGCAGCGCACAAUUUCCGAGGAGGCCAAAGCUGCUCGUCGCCCGGGUGGCCGACGGUCUAUUGAUGCAGAACCCGGUACGUCGCCCACAACCUACACGACGCCCGCCCCCGCCCCCGCCGAGGCCGAAUCCUCCUCCUCUCAAAACUCCUUCGCACACCGGCAUGAGCAGACCGACGUCGAGGCGGCCCUCACCCAACCCGCCCCCAAGGGCAGCGGUUCCCACGAAGUCACGGUCGCGGAGGGUGAUAACGAGGCCGACGAGACGUCGUCCCUGGUGUCCAAGUCCUCGUCUUCGUCCGUGGCUGGUGAGGUCUUUGUCCAGAACAGUGUUGAUUUGGAUCGCUCCCGUCGUGUAGAUAUCCGCGGCUGGCGUCUGCUCCGCAGCCUCGACUUUUGGCAGCUGUUUUCGAUUAUGGGUAUUCUUGCGGGUAUUGGGCUUAUGACUAUCAACAACAUUGGUCACGACGUCAUCGCCCUUUGGGAACGUUACGACAGCUCCGUCGACGAAUCCUUCCUCGUCCAUCGCCAGCAGAUGCAUGUCUCCAUUUUGUCUGUUGCCAGUUUCGCUGGUAGAUUAUUGAGUGGUGUCGGGUCUGACUUCCUGGUCAAAUCCUUGCACGCUAACCGCGCCUGGUGCCUCGUCGUCGCCUGUUUCGUCUUCUGUAUCGCCCAGGUUUGCGCCAUCAAUAUCACCAACCCCAACUUCCUCGGCUUCGUCUCUGGCCUCUCCGGCCUCGGCUAUGGUUUCCUAUUUGGCGUCUUCCCCUCUAUCGUGGCCGAAUCUUUUGGCAUCAACGGCCUGAGCCAGAACUGGGGCUUCAUGACCCUCAGCCCUGUCAUUUCGGGCAACAUCUUCAACCUGCUCUACGGCGUCAUCUACGACAGUCACAGCAUCUCGGGUCCGAAUGGGGAGUGGUUCUGCCCCGAUGGACUGAGCUGCUACCGGGAUGCCUACUUCGUCACGCUGGGGGCGUGCGGGGUUGGAAUUUUGGUCACGCUGUCGACCAUCCGGCGGCAGUAUCAGGAGCGGUUGAAGGAUGAAGGGAAAGGGGCCGCUGAGGAUUAG